AUGGCUGGUCGGCUUGCCAAAUUGUUCGUCUCUAAUUUGCGCCAAAACAUAAGAUCGUUAAGCGAUCGUGCACCAAAAACCAUGCCGCAUUCAGAAGGAAAACGAGGUGUCUUUAUUGUGCUGGAAGGAUGUGACCGAACCGGCAAAACAUCACAGUGCAAAACGCUCGUGAACAAACUAGAACAAGCGAACAUUACGGCACGGUACAUGAACUUUCCGGACCGAUCUACGCAGAGCGGCCAGCUGAUAAAUGGAUACCUGACCAGAAAGGACGAUUUUACUGAUGAAGGAAUUCACCUUCUGUUCACACUAAACCGGUGGGAGCGAAUGAAGGAAAUGGAGAAAGUUCUUAAAAGUGGUGUUAACCUGAUUGUCGAUCGCUAUUCCUACUCGGGAGUUGCAUUUAGCAGUGCCAAGGGACUAGAUUUGGAGUGGUGUAAAGCGCCUGAAUCCGGGCUGCUGAAGCCGGACUUGGUGAUACUGCUGACGUUGUCACCGGAAGCACUUGCGAGACGAGGCGGCUUCGGUGAUGAGCGUUAUGAGGUUCCCGCGUUCCAGAAGAAAGUCAUUGAAAAGUAUGGUUUGCUGAAGGACGAUCGAUACUGGAAAGCGAUAGAUGCGGAUAAAACGUUCGAGGAUUUGACCGUGGAGUUGUAUGAAGAGGUGCUGCGUACGAUUGAGAAUGCUGGCGACAAGCCGCUAGAGAAAUUGUGGUGAUCGGCUUAACAACCCGGUAUGUGUCCUUAGACCAAAUGAAAGUUAUUCGUGUAAACAGUGUUAUUUUAAUAGUUAAAGAUA